ACAGGGGCGUGUCUUCAGAAAAGUUUUCAGGAAGCAGUUUUUUAACAAAACGAAACUGCCGUAACUUUGGCAAGAGAAGCUUUUUAACUCGCCUUUCAAACGCUGGCCAGUGAUUAUUUAGUCGCUGAAUAGUAAAUAAACAAAGAAAAUGCAGGGUAGCGCUUAUGGAGCCUCUCUGGCAGGCGGUACUUUUGAUUUCUUGGGCUUUGUCAAACAGCCGCAGACCAUCCUGCGCUGCCUGAGUUGGUUGUUUUCAAUUGUGGUCUUUGCGACCAUCACUGCAGAAGGCUACAUAAACCCAGCAUCCCAGCAAGAUGCCAAGUGCAUAUUCAAUGGUAACGACAGUGCCUGCAGCUAUGGGGUGGGAAUUGGAGUCCUGGCCUUCUUGGCUUGUGUUAUCUUCAUCAUACUUGAUGCCUACUUCCCACAAAUCAGCAACGCCAAAGAGAGAAAAUACAUUGUUAUCGGGGAUUUAGUCUUCUCAGCGGUUUGGACAUUACUGUGGUUCAUCUGCUUCUGUGUUCUGGCCAACCAGUGGGCUAACACCUCCACUGAGGAGUCUACUCAACCGGGAGAUGCCGCCCGGGCUGUCCUGUCUUUCUCCUUUUUCUCAAUCAUCACCUUUGCUCUUUUGACAUAUUUUGCCUAUGGAAGGUAUCGUCAGGGUGUGAAUGACUUUGACCAGGACUACAGAGACCCAGUCGGUGACCAAACCACUCCAUACCCUGCUGCUCCAUACACCAGCGGCCCCACGGGCUACCAGCAGUCACCUUUCACCAACAACCAGGAGCAACCAGGGGAAUACCAACCUCCAGCUUAUUGAAGGACUGACAUUCAAACCCAUUAAUCCAACUGGGGAGUUUCUUUUUUAAUCAAGACAUGUGCCAAUGUUUUCAUUAGUAUUCUGGACUGUUCUCUGCUCUCCAGGUUUCUCCCUGCAAAAGGGGUUUCCAUAUUUUUGGGUGCAAUGAUGGCGUGUGUUUCAUUGUUGAGUGUUGUCCAGUGGACCUUUGGUGUGUUCACAGUGGUCCACACAGCAUGUGAGUGCCAAAAAAUGAAUUUAGUUUGAAGGAGUUUGGUAAGAGAAGAGGACGACUGUGCCAUUGAUACUUUUGUACCAAAGCACCUGUAGUUAUUCAAGUGCCUUGUUUUUUGUUUCAUUUUUGAGAGCUGCUAAUGUUGAAGCACAAAUCAAAGAACAGGUCUGGGUUAUUUUGUUGCCAGGAAAUCUGCUUUGCAUUUUCAAGAUGGAUAAUAGUUUUUUGGGUUGAUUUUUUUUUUUUAAUCAGUUAUUCUUUAGUAGAUCUAUUUGUGUUGCUAUCACGCUAAUACACCAAAAUAAUUCAUAUAAUUGUUUUUUUUGCCACAAAACAUUUGACGCAUGCAAUGGGUGCAUGGAAAUGUUCCCUCUUUAACUACUGUAAUGCCAUUUAGUUUUUUCUUCAACUGUCAACCACUGAAAAAUGGCUUUUAUGCACUGAGAAUGGGAGUAGUUAAUUUGCAAUAUCUGCUUUGAGAUGGUUCAUUUUUAUGGUUUAGUUCCACUCUUCUUAAUAGGUCAAACUGUUUAUUAGUUGCGUUAAUUAGGUCCUUUUAACUUACUGAGUUCAAUCACAGUAUCUAAAAUGUGUUCUUCAGCAAGUAUUUGAUUUCUGGAAAUUCAGUGACAUUGUGGAAGUUGUUAAUAUAUUUAUUUUUUUCCUUUUUUUUCAUGGUAUCUUUUCCAUUUGCUGCAGUUUUUCUGUCAUGCUCAAGCGCUUUACAAUAUUUUUCACCAAAGUGCCUUUUAUACAGUAUUCUGUAUUAUUGAGGGUGUGUCUAAUAAAAAAACAUCUCGUUUUGAA